AUGACCACCUUACUAUUCAAAGUUAAAACUCUCGACGGUGGUGCGGCCACGAAACUGCUCCGACGAGACGAGCGGGAGGACGUGCAGAAGAAAACGUUCGCCAAAUGGAUCAACUCACAGCUGGUGAAGAACAACAAACCACUGGUGCAAGAUCUCUUCGAGGACCUGCGUGACGGCGAGGUGCUGCUGUCGUUGCUCGAGAUCCUCACCGCGCAGCAAUAUAGGCGCGAGCGCGGGCGCAUGCGCGUGCACCAGCUAAACAACGUGAACGCGGCGCUGCGCGCGCUCGAGGCGGCCGGCGUGCGCCUCGUCAACAUCAGCGGCGCGGACAUCGUCGACGGCAACCCCAAGCUCAUCCUCGGUCUGGUGUGGAGUAUAAUCCUGCACUGGCAGGUGCACUACCAUCUUAAGGAUCUCAUGUCGGAACUGCAGCAAACUAACCUGGAGAAGACACUAUUGGCGUGGUGCCAAAAACAUACGCAGGAGUACGCGGGUGUGGAGGUGCGCAACUUCACGACGUCGUGGUCGGACGGGCUGGCGUUUAACGCGUUGCUGCACGGCUGGCGGCCGCAGCUGUUCGACUUCGCUGCCGUGCGCCGCGCGCCGCCCGCGCAGCGCCUGGAGCACGCUUUCGCGCUCGCACACGCGCACCUCGCCAUUGAUCGCCUGCUCGACCCGGAAGACGUGAACACGGCCAACCCCGACAAGAAGUCCAUCAUGAUGUACGUCAUGUGCUUGUUCCAGUCUCUGUCAAACGCGCGCGACGACCCCGAUCCCGCCGCGGAGGAGUGGCAGCAAACGGCGCGCGGCUCGCCUGAUGCUCAUAAGUGUUGUGUGUGGGCACAGAGCGCGCCGGCGUCGCGGCCGCUGUCGUCGGCCACGACCCUGUCGGAGCUAGGCGGCUACGGCGCCGCGCUGGAGGAGGCGCUCGCCUGGCUGCUGGAGGCCGAGGAGCGCCUCGCCGCGCAGCCGGACCCCGCGGGCGCCGACACCAGCCCGCCGGACCAAGAUCUCGCCGCGCUCAAGCACCAUUUCCACGCGCACGAGCGGUUCCUGCUGGAGCUUUCGGAACAACAGUGCCGGAUAGGCGGCGUGCUAGAAGAAGGAGCGAGGCUCGUGCGCGACGCUGCACUCUCUCGAGACGAGGUGAAUGAGGUGCGCCUGCAAAUGCGGCUGCUGAACGAGCGCUGGGAGCAGCUGCGGCGCGGUGCAAUGCAGAGGCAGGCCAGCGUGCACGGCGCGCUAAUGCAGGCGCAGCACCACCACCUGCAGCGAUUCCGGCAGUGGCUGACGGAGACCGAGGACCGCAUGUCGCGCAUGGAGGCGGAGGGCGGGCAGGGGCAGGGGGAGGGGCAGGAGGAGGACGCGGAGGGCGCCCUGGCGGCGGUGUGCGCGCUGCACGACGACUUGCGCCGCCAGCAGCCGCUCGUCGACGCGCUCGCCGACUGCGUGGUCGUCGUCGAUGACGACGCACACGACGACGGCGUGGCGGAGAUCGAGGAUCAGCUGCGCGCGCUGGGCGAGCGCUGGUCGCACGCGUGCCGCUGGACGCUAGCGCGCCGCGCCCGCCUCGCGCGCCGCGCAGCACUCGCCGCGCGCCGCGCCGCCGCCGACAUGCUCGAGCGCGCGCUCAAGCAGAUGGAAGCGAACCCCGUGAACGAAAUCGGCGAGGUACUGGAACGUAUCCAGGAACUGCAGCGCGUAAAGCACGGCGUGCGGCUGGAGCAGCGCGCCGUGGCGCAGUUGCUGCAGUCCCACGCACACGAACAGUUGCAAGCCCACGAGUCCCACGCGCGAGACUCCCACGCACGCGAAUCCCACGGCGACGAGGAGCCCGACCCCGCACUCGCCGAGGAGGCUGAGGCGCUGCUCGAUCGCCUCGACGCGCUGCUGCUCAUACUCGAUGUGCAGGCUUCUAGAAUACGCGAAUUAGGUUUCGAAUUCGACAUCGACACUACGGAAGAGACGACGGAGUCACCAACGCCGAUACAGGCGGACACGAGCACGGUGACGACGACGAUGCGCGUAGAGACCACGACGACGACGGCAACUGGCGAUGAGCACACGGCCAGCAAGAAGCCGCGGCUGGGCGACGAGGGUCCGCGCCGCUUCCAGGCCUUCGAGUCCUGGGCGCGCGACGCACAACAACAGUUGCAGCACUGCGAGUGUGAACUGGGUGAUGUUGGUGCGGGUGAUGGUGGUGGUGGUGGUGGCGCGGCGCGGGGGGCGGCGCGCGCGCUGGUGGCGCAGCUGCGGCGCGAGUUCGAGCACCUGGCACACGCAGACGAGGCGCAGCAGCACGCGGCUGACAGCGAGGAGCUGACUCGCUGCUGCGAGGACGUGCAGCGCCGGCUGCAGCGCGUGCAGCACUCGCUCGAGCUGCUGGACGAGCGGGACAAGUUCGAGGCCAGCGCUGCGGCGCUGCGCGAGCAGCUGCAGGAGGCGCGCGCCUGGUUUCGGCGCAUGCUGCCGGAGCGCGCCGGCCCGCCCUCGCACAACCAGCUCAUCCACGUGCGCAACAAGCUGCGCGCGCUGCGCCAGCUCGACAUGCGCCUCAAGGAGCUCGCCGCGCACUCCAUCAUACUGCUCACCAAGCCGCUGCCGCAAGCGCACAAGGACUGCAUACAGCACGAGACGAAACGAAUCACCGACGAAUAUGAAGAGGUGCUGUCGAAUUUGAUCAAAAAAGAGGUCGAGCUGAAGUUGGCCCUCGGCCAGAAAAAAGGAGAGGUGCAGGGAGACAAGUUUAAGGAGAUUCAAAAUAAGAUAGCUGAAAUAGAGUCGCAAAUAUUAGCCGAACACGUUAUAGUUUCCACGCAGGAAGAAAUGGAGAAAAAGAUUGGAGUGUUGAAACGACUGCAGAGACAAUUCCAGGAGCUGCAGCCCGGAUACGACGUGCUUGUAAAGGAGAGAAGGGAGAAGUACGACUCUGGGAGCGUGCCUGACUUGAAUUUACGAAGCAGCGUAGAGAAUUUGGUCACGAAGUUUACAGACUGUCAGACAAUUUUGAAACAGAAGAUCGAGAAAUUGGAGCAGGGCGUGCAGCUGGUGGUGCAGCUGGAGAGCGCGGAGCGCUGGGUGCGCGCGGCCGAGAAGCUGCGGGACGAGGCGGCGGACGCGGCGGGCGGCGAGCUGCAGCCGCUGCAAGCGCUGCUGCAGUGCGCGCGCGACCUGCAAGAGCAGGAGGAGGCGGCGAACCGCGCGCUGGUGGCCGCGGAGGCGGCGUGCGAGGGCGAGGGGGAGGGGGAGGGCGCGCUACGUGUGCGCGCGCUGCGGCGGCGCCACGCGGCGCUACGCGAUGCGCUGCCCGGCCUGGUGCGCCGCCUGGACCUGGCGCUACAGCACACGCAGCGCCUCUUCGACCAGAUCGACCACCUAGAGGAAUUCCUGCGCAGUCUGGAGCAGCAGAUGCCCAGCGAGGAAGAGUGUAAAAUCCGUGAUUCGGCAGAAUUGUACCGCAUGAAGACCCGUUUCCAAACACUCAAAGAACAGUGUGACGAACGAGCCACGCAGUUUCGCAGCGUUAAUGAGGAAGGAAAUGAGAUGCUGCUGGCGGCGGAGCGGCGCGCGGCGACGCUGGCGCGGCGGCUGACGCAGCUGUGCGCGCUGUGGUCGCGCUCCACGCACGCGGUGUACGAGCGCUACAAGGUGCUGGCGGAAGCGUGGCACGAGUCGGGCGAGCUGCGCGCGUGGCUGGCGCAGCAGGCGGCCUGGCUGGACGGGCUGCAGCGCCGCCUGCAGCGCCCGCAGCCCCGCGCGGACGCCGAGGACAUCUCCGACCAGCUAUACGACCUAGAGAACUACAUCCAGAACCACAGCGACGAGCGGCUGGCGCGCAUCGAGGACAUCGGGCGGCAGCUCAUCGACGCGCACAUCAUGCCCGACUGGAUUCAGGCCGAGAUCGACGCCGUCACCAGCCGCUGGCACACGCUCAAACAACAGGCGGAGGAGCGCAUUCGCGAGCUGGAGGAGGCGGCGAGCGAAGCGGCGCAGUGGGAGGCGGCGCUGCAGCAGCUGCAGCGUUGGGCGGAGGCUGCGGGUGACGCGGCGGGCGCGGGCGCGCGUCUGCAUGACGAGCUGGCGGCGCAGCGCGCUCUGCUCGCCGACGUACGUGCGCGCGCCGAGCGCCUGCAGGCGGCCGGUCGGCAAGAGGCGGCCGCGCGCCUGCUGGCGCAACUGCAGCCCGUGCAGGUACCACACCACUCACACGGCACCGACAGUUUAUAUUUCGCGCAGAUAAACACUACAAAUGUCUGA